GGGAGGAAAUAAUGGAGAAAGAGAGAAAGAAAUAUGCCACAAUGUGCUGCUUCCUUGCUCCCUCACCUCAGAAUACAAGAUGCUGCACUAAUAUAUAUAAUGUAGACUGCUACUUCGACAGUAAAGAGAGAAGUUCAUUGAUGGAGGAGUAUUCAGCUGAUAAUAGCCCAGUAGUUGCUACUCAUCUCCUUCAGCACACAUUAAGAAACUUGUGCCAUGAAAACUCCCUGUGGGUUUAUGCAGUUUUUUGGAGAAUAUUACCAAGAAGUCAUCCACCACCGGAUUGGGAUUCUCUUCAAAAGGGAGCUCAUAACAAGUCAAGAGUGAACAGGAGAAACUGGAUGCUUGCAUGGGAGGAUGGUUUCUGCAACUUUUUGGCUUCCACAGCUGGGAGCAAUCCUCCGGGAAGCUCAUCAUCAGAUGACAAGAACUGUGAUAUCCAACUUAUACGACUCCAACCUGAGCUGUUUUUCAAGAUGUCACAUGAAAUCCACAACUAUGGAGAAGGUUCGAUAGGAAAGGUUGCUGCAGAUCGUAGUCAUAAGUGCGUUUACAGUGAACAAAUCAAUCUGUCUGUGUGGCAAAACUCUGAAGACCUGCACCCAAGGACAUGGAAAGCUCAGUUUCAAUCUGGAAUAAAGACGAUUUCUUUAAUAGCAGUGGACGAAGGUGUUCUUCAAUUAGGAGCUUUAACAAAGGUCCCAGAGGAUCUCAUCUAUGUUGCUGAAAUCCAGAAGAAAUUCAAUGAUCUCCAGAUUAUUCCCGGUUUCCUCUUACCACGUCCUUCAUCUUCAUCUCCAUCACCAAUCCACUCAACUACUUUGCCCUUUCAAGUUACUGCACCCAUCAUCAUCCACAAUCCAUUUCCGAUCGAGGCCUUCAAUGAUUCUAUCAUUAGUACACUUCCAGAUGAUCAAUAUUACGAGACAUCUCAACCACCAGUCAAUGCUACAACUCCCUUGACAUCACACAUGGAAGAUGUCUCCGAAUAUUUUAAUAAACCACUUAUGCACACUUUUUUAUCAAUGAACAGCCUCGAGAAACUGCUCAUGAAGCUCCCCUCAGUAGCUCCACCACCAUCAUCUAAAUCUUUGCCUUCCUUGCUUCAGUUCCCUGAUGAAUCAUUGCCUUGGUUUUCACCCUCGCAAUACCCAUUGAUGGGAAUCGAUCAAGAGGAGGCAAAAGAUCAUCAGAUGAUUCAGAUUCAUCAUGAACAGAGAGCUUGUCCUUAAUAAGCUAGCUUCAACUAAUGUAACUCUCUCAAAUUCAAUAUAUUAUUUACCAAAUUUCUGCUUUCAGUCGCGAUGUUUAUGUAUGUUCUAGGAAAGCACUCAAAUCUUAACGAUCUAAUCCAAGAAAAUAAUUCUCAAA